AUGUUGUUGAUUUGUCCUGGAUCCUUGCUUUUGGAAUUCCACAAAAUCGGGAAAUUUUGUUUUCCUAAAUUAAAAUUGACGAGUAUAGAUCCUCUUCUUGGAAGUGUCUUAUUUCCUAGCAAAGACUAUUACUUCGAUUCAUAUGCGCACUUUAGUAUUCAUGAAGAAAUGCUGAAGGACAAGGUUCGAACAUUAACGUAUCGAAAUGCAAUUAUGAACAACAAGCAUUUGUUUAAAGAUAAGAUAGUGCUGGAAGUAGGCGCAGGAACCGGAAUUAUGUGUAUGUUUGCUGCAAAAGCCGGAGCAAAGCAUGUUUAUGGAAUCGAAUACAGUGCUAUCUCCAGACAAGCCAAGGAAAUUGUGAAGGAGAAUGGUUUACAAAACAUCAUUACAAUCAUCGAAGGAAAAGUCGAAGAAGUCGAGCUCCCCGUGGAGAAGGUGGACAUCAUCAUCUCCGAGUGGAUGGGAUAUUUCUUAUUCUACGAGAGCAUGCUGGAAACGGUUAUUUUCGCUCGAGACAAGUGGCUUAAGGAAGGCGGUUUGAUUUUCCCGGACCAUGCGAAAUUGAUGCUUCUGGGCAUAGAAGACGAAUCUUACCAUCAUGAGAUGAUCGAUUUUUGGGACGACGUCUACGGCUUUAAAAUGAACACGAUCAAACAAAUCGCUUUGUUCGAGCCCCUGGUGGACAUCGUUCCGGAUACGCAGCCCAUCACCGAUUCGUGCUGCAUUUUCGAUUUGGAUAUCAACACGGUGAAGAAGGAGGACUUGGACUUCACGUCUCCGUUCGUGCUGAACGUGAAGUACUCGGAGUACAUGCACGCUUUUGUGGGGUAUUUCGAUAUCAUUUUCCCGGGCGGCGUUCAGUUCAGCACGUCUCCGUUUAGCAAGGAGACGCAUUGGAAGCAGACGGUGUUCUAUUUCAAGGAGAAGAUGUGGUGCUGCGACGGAGAUGUGGUCAAGGGAACGCUGAACUGCAGGCGCGUGAAGGAAAACCCGCGCGAUUUGGAUAUUGCGAUCGAGUGGGAGCUGCAUCAGAAGGGAAAUGUGAUCAAGGAGAAUCAGAAAUAUCGAAUUCGAUGA